UCCAUUGCGAUAGUGAGUGCACGCAAGAUUCGACUCCCAAUAACAUCGAAUCCACGCUGCGCUCUCUACUCAACUGGGGAACCGCGCCUCCGCCCGCUCUCGUCCCCGUCGGACGUCCGCCAUGGCAGCCUCGUCCGCCGGAAAUCCGCCGACCUCCUCCCUUUCCUCAUCCGCAGCAUUAUCUCGCGAGAAAUUGAAUUUCUCGGCGGAUUAUCCCGCGCGAAUCGCACUCUCCCCCGAUCAGCUGAAACACUGUACAGAAGCGCUCUCGUUCUUCAAGGAGAAGCUCCACACUCCUCAGAGGAUAGCUCAAGAGUUUGCUCGCUUGCAGGCAAAUAGGAUAACGCCAAGUGAGAUGAGGAGAAGAUGCACUGUGGCUCUGGAUGCUGUUAAUUUGAACAAAAAUCGAUAUACUGAUGUGUUGCCAUUUGACAAUAACAGGGUUGUUCUCAAGUCUAGCACGGAUUAUAGGCCUGAAGCACAGGGAUAUAUCAAUGCAAGCUGCAUAUCUGCCUCUUUGCCCGGAAAUGUGUCGCAAUUUAUAGCCACACAAGGGCCGUUGCCUCACACAUAUGAGGAUUUCUGGGAAAUGGUAAUCCAAUAUCAUUGCCCUGCAAUUGUGAUGCUUACUAAGUUGGUCGACAAUUACAAGACGAUAAAGUGUGGAGAUUACUUUCAAGCUGAGGAUGGACCUAGAGAAUGUGGUAAUAUCUCUAUUAUCAGUAAAUGGAUAAAAUCUACUGAAACUUCACUGGUGUUGCGCCAUUUGGAAGUAAACCAUAAAGAGGCCGAAGAUACACCGUUAUCUGUUUUGCACAUUCAGUAUCCUGAAUGGCCAGACCAUGGAGUUCCAAGAGAUACAUCUGCCGUUCGUGAGAUUUUUAGAAGAUUGCACCAUUUACCGGCAAACCUUGGCCCAAUAGUGGUGCACUGCAGUGCAGGCAUUGGUAGAACUGGAACAUACUGCACAAUUCACAACACAAUUCAGAGAAUACUUGCUGGUGAUAUGUCCGCUUUAGAUAUCUCAAGUACAAUAGCUAUGUUCAGGUCCCAACGAAUUGGAAUGGUUCAGACCCAGGAUCAGUUUGUUUUCUGCUAUGAAGCUAUCAUAGAUGAACUAGAAGACCUUGUUUCUCUACAGCAGUGAGAGUUGAAGAGUGCUGAAUCAAGGGAUAUGCUAAACUCUUGUAUCAUUUUGAAGCCAGGUUCCAAUUCUUCCGUUUUCUAUUUGAGUCCAGCGAUGCAUGGUUCCCGGGCAGCUGAUGAAUAUAAACUAUUGGCAUUCUAAUUUAUGACUUUCCAAUGAACUCAUGUCAUUCUCAAGAUUUCAUGUAUAAUAGCAGGCAGGGAAAAUCUAACUAACAUUGGCAUCCUUUUUGCUACAUGAUUUAUUUAUGGGGAACACAAGGACAUAAUGUCUAAAAUAGUUUGAAUUCCACCUUCCUGUACUAUUUCAACUGCUUAUAGCAUGCUCUGCUAUAUUAGCUUGACCUCUUUUUUUGGUGAAAUUCUCUAUGUUAGUUUAUAUAUCAGAACUGGCUAUC